UCCUUCUCUAGUCAUGGUUCGAGCAGAGUUGCAUGCGCUGUUGUUGCUUGCAAUAAUCUCUGCCUCAUUUGCAACCUAUUGCCCCGGCAGGGCAGUCUACAAAGUUUCCUUUCAAGGAGAAUGGCAGUCUGGUGAGUCACCAACAACUAGCGGCAGUGGAGAAAACGUUGGAAAAAGUUCACAACAAAGUCAUGAUUUUCCCCAGGGAGCCAUGUUUUCUCCGUUCGCAUUUGCCAGCCACAAUCGAGAGUACAGCAUGUGGAGACCGAGAAGCAUGGCUUCCAAAGGUGUUCAGGACGUCGCUGAAAAAGGAGACAACGCUCAGCUGCUAGAAGAAUUAGAGACAAAGAAGAGCCAAGGAGAAGGAGUCGGUUACAUCAAGAGUCAUAAUAAGGAAGUACCAGCCAGCGGAGAGUUCGUUACCUACGUCUCAACAGACCCUUACUUCCCUCUGGUCUCUUUCGUUUCGAUGCUCACUCCAAGCCCCGAUUGGUUUAUCGGUGUGUACAACCUCGAUCUGUGCAUAACCGAGGCAAUGACGUGGUUUAAACGCCGCACCGUCGACCUCUACGCAUGGGACGCUGGCACGGACAGUGGCAAGAACUUCACGGCCGACGACUAUCCCACAGAUCCACAGACAAAUAUCACGUUACUCAAGAGAUCGAAUGACCCAAUGUCAUCAUUCCAUGACAGUGACGGUGAGUCUGAGUACAUACCGAGAUUUGGAACGAUCCAAUUUGAUCUGGUGAAUGUGACCGAUGGCGAGCAACGGGUAUGCCGAGCUCUUGGUGAUCAGUUGUAUUACUUCAACUUCACUGGUCUAUGGACACAGAAAAACCAUCCAGAUUUAGACAUUCCCAAAGAUGCUAAUUUUUCAAUGGCAAUAGUGACAUCACACUCUAGUGAGUUUGUGUUGUGGGCCCCAGACACUGUUGACGAAGAAUCGGAAUCUACACAUGGAAUUGCUUCAUUUGAACAUGGGGACUUUAUUGCAGCUAAUGGUACCUCUGAGGCUGUGUUGGUGAUCAACAACGAUUUUCAUUACAUUUCGGCUAGCGCAAAGCUGACACCUAGUCCUGAUUGGUAUAUUGGGAUUUCGUCAAUCAAUGUGUGUGACGGUUAUUUCUGGAAAGAUGAGCUUGAGUUCUAUUUGCAGCCUUGGGAUGCCGGAACACACGACGGUAAAACGUUUGUUGGACAACCGGAUGAGACAAAGCCACAGGGAAUUAUAUCUCGAAUUACAACAGACACUUGGGGUCCUUUCAUAAAUCCAGCACGGCAACACAUUGAACCCCUAGGAGUCAUAAAGUUGGUGCGGAUCAGAGAUCCUCAAAAGGAUUACGAAACAUUUUUGCAAACUUGGAAGUCUGCUCUUAACGAAUACCAGGAUGAAUUAGAGAAGUGGAAAGCUGAAGAAUGUAACGCAGCUGAGUAACAAGAGCAAGUCGUUUACAACAUUUGCUGACAUUGUGCUGCAUGGCUAGCUAUAGUUGCUAGUAGUAGAGAUUAAUUAAGCAAUCUGAAUGUGCACACGUUCGUAUCUAGAUAAUUGCCACAAAUUUGGAUGUCGUUGUUAGCUGCAAGCUGCAAGUGCUUUGCUAAGUUUGAAACUGCAAAAAAUAGUUUUGAAACUCUAUAGA